UACACAUCGAGACAGGCUAUUGUUACCGUUGCCGAGCGCUUCUGCCUAGAAACAACACUCCAACUGUAAUGGCUCCACGACUAGUGUCUUUUUCCUGAUCCGAGUCCACUUCGCAGCGAGCCCAGUGACUCCAUCACAUCGGCUUGGAGCCCGCCAAUGACAACCCCGGUCCAGAAUGUAAAGUGUGCUACCUUGUCUGAAGAGCGGGUGGGCCAUGUCGGCGGCUAUUGUGUACCUCGCAGGUCUCUAACCUACCUAGAGGCGGUUUAGUACACCUAUUCUGGACGAUGGUGCAGCCUGGCGUCCUUUGGGGGUUUGCCCUGCACUGACGCCCGUGGGGCAACGUGCUAACCGGGGGAACGCAUACUGAGGUGCAAAAGAAAGCGGAACAGGGGGGGCGUACGGCUUCGAAAGUAUGUACGCAACAUGCAACGCAGCUUUGUCGCGCGGAGUAGAGAGGAGGAGGGCUCUAAGGAACGCUGAUUUGGCCGGGGUCCAUUUGUGACGUUUAUAUUGAGUUAAUCGCCAUGCCACAUGUUCACCUGUGUGUCGUCUUUCAAUCUGCCUUGCUAUCAAAUCUCUCCCCACCAGGCCGUUCAAUCUGCGGCCUACUACUACGCCAGGUCAAGACCCAGGAAGGCAGAUUUGUCUUUCCAUUUCAACCUCGAACCUUCUAUUUCAUAAUUCGAAAGAAAUUACAUGCUUGACAUAUAUAACCGGGCGGGACGUGCGCAUCGGAGUUCUAUUACAAGCCAACCCAGCCAUUUGUUGGUCCAGUGCUUCUUUCAGACACUACCUUGACGCCACUUGUUGGUCCGAUUUCUUCCCUUGUUCACCACACCAUGUCCAUCGUUAUGGAAUAUAUGCCCCAGAGGCCGCCACACUCAGACGAGCUUUCCACUCAAAUGGGGUUGUCAGACGCUUCCAUAUCCUCUGCCAGCCCUACCCAGAGCGAGUUUCCAGAACUUACUCCCUACUCGACGGCUUCUUCUUUUAGCCUCCCCCAACACUGUGACCCUUCCCUUCUUACUCCAUGCUCUUCACUUUCAUCCCCUCCCAUUCAGUGUAAGAUUGAGGAGGACUAUUCUACCUCCUUUACAAACCGUCAACUGUCCCAACAGCCUAGCCCUCCUCCCUCUGCGGGUAUGUACCCAGCCUGGACUACACAGUACGAUAUGAUGGGUCAAUGCAGUCAAGCACCAUCUCCCAUGGUCAACCAUCAUCCAAUCCCGGCUGAGUUCUACAUCACCUCUGAUCGCCGCUCCCCCAUCCCUCCUGAACCAUAUAUGGGAGCUUUUGCAGUGUCUGCCGCAAAUCUACCGGAUCCUAUCCAGUCCAAUGCUUCGCCUUUCUACAACAUGGGGCAUAUGAAUGCCCAAUAUAACCAGCCUGAAAGCCAGGAAGAGCCCAUGUUCCAAGUCGACAGUUCAUUCUUGCCGGUACCUUCGCCUCUUCCAAGCCAAGAGCGCCGCCAUUCUAGUGCCACGGACCAUCUGCCAAAGAAAACUACUGAAAAAGUCCGAUCACUUCCGGGCUCCCCUCAUCACAGCACACAUGGCGUUAAGAAAAACAGAAAGUCUAAGGCAUAUACAGGAACUCCCAAGUCCAAAUGCGGAUCAGAAGAUGCAAAUGACGAGCACACAAACUGCCAUGGCCAAGAGGUCCCCCCCACGCUUAAGGAAAACUGCCCAGAUGAAGUGCGCUGUAUCUUCGAGUCUCGCUGGCGCCAUAGAUAUAAGCGAGGCCAGGAUAUGUGGGACAGCAUCCAGAACGACUUCCUUGAAGAGUUUGAGAAGGCGAAUGGAAAAGAGGUGCUGCAGAUGAAGUUCAAGAGGGGUAGAUCCAAGUACAUCCAAUGGGAGUCGAAAGACUUGGAUAUACUUCAUGAAGCUUGGGUCGCAACAGAAAAAGAUCGAUACAAGACCAUGCUGGAUAAAUUCAUCGAAUUUGGCGGUUCCAAGAACAUGCUUCUAAGCCCAACAGACAUCGAAUAUAUGGCGGUCACCGAGCUAAAGCUAGAGGACGAUAUUCUUGUCGACAAGAUGGGCGAAAUUGACGUCCGCCGACGAUUCAGGGUUCCAAAGAAAGCCACCAUGGGAAGAGUCCCAGUGUCCAAAUCAGAGCUACCAGUGAAUGGAGACAUGGUUUUGAACCAAAUCAUUCAGCGCAGAAACUGGGAGGAUGAGUCGUCCGAUUCAAGCGACAUUUCGGAACAAACGACUGAAAGGAGCGUCAAGAAGAGCACACCCAAACUACCACACCCCUCUGCUACGACAAAGACCCUCUACCACCGACGCCGAAGAUAAGAGCUAGCCUACCAGCCUUAUCGUUCUCAGCACAGGGUCUGCGCAGGCAGACUUCUGUUUUGCUACUUUUCUACUACCUUUCAGGACUACCAUUUCUUUUUUUUUUUUACUUAGAUUGCCUAUCUUCUCAACGAAGAAAACUUUACAUACUUCAUUCCUUCCGUACAUAUACUUUUCAAUUCGAUUCUCUCUGGCUUUGAACUGGCUACUUCCUAAUUGCCCGAACAUGGAGUGUCUUGUUUAUUGAAACUAGCUUUCUCUGAUCGUACAUACGAAUGACAUAUACCGCUGGCAAACAACAAUUCGUCAAUAGAAAAUACUAGCCCGCUCUGUCGGCGAUAAGCUGCUGGGGCUGAUGUAGCCUUACGAUGCCAGGCGGGCCACAGUGAGAGCCACUGACCAGUAAACCUUACAACGGAGUGUUAAAGCGCCCCGGGACUUGGCCCCCCAAGAAGCACGUCGAGCAAACAACAUUUUCAUUUGGCCCGUAGUGGCGAAUGUCCACUUGAGGAGCUUCAUGGCCCCCAGAGCGUAGCCCUGUCCCGCACAUCGUCUUUAGAGUUUGUGUGCUCGGCUGCGCUAAUGAGCGCGACGGGAAGUUACGCAGUGGCCAAAGGAUGAGGCGUUUUGCUUUGGGGUUGACAACGGCGGGGGGAGCGUAGCAUUCCGAGCAGACCGAGGCUAGCCAAGGUCAUUGAGACCAAGGCAGAGAGCGUUUACGGUUUUGAGCACAGUAUGAGGGGAUGUACCAGCAUCCCAUGGGAGGGACAUUGGCAAACACAGGACGAUUGGUCAUCUCAAAGCAAGAAUACUUGGGCUAGUCCGAGUGGUGUCUAGUGGCUUGGACCCAAAUCUCAUCCGUCCCGAGUGAUGGCGGACUCGUUCCGUGUCCGUGUCCGUCGCGUCCCGACUUGUAUUCGAUGGACACCAUGGAGAAGGAGGAGAAGGAGAGAAAAAUUUUGCUCGGUGAUGCCCAAUCACGGCGGUACCUGGAGACAGAAGAGUGGCUCACCUCUCGAAGACAAGGGUUAUUUUGUCGUUGAGGCUGAUGGGGCAUGGAGGGUGAGGUUAGCACAUCAAGUUCGUCACAAUCGCCGAGGGGGGUGAUUUGCAAGUGUGGAGGCGCCGCAGUUAGAAAUUGGAUCGCCGA